CUGUUACCAUUCAAUGCGAAUAAAUAUGAGUGGGGAUUCAGACGGUAAUAAAGAGUUUCAUGAGCAGCUCCGUUUGCAGCAGCUGUAUGGACAGAGGCGAGAGGUUGGAGAAGAUCCGUAUACAUACGUCGACCCAGAAGACGGCACGGAGUACGACUGGGACCAUGAAAAGAGAGCAUGGUUUCCAAAGGUAAAUGAUGAUUUCAUCGCAGCAUAUCAAGCAAACUAUGGCUUCAAUGAGGAAGGGGCCCCUGAUCCAAGUGCUGCGGUUCCUGUCACCGACUUUCUCCCUGCCAAAGGAGGAGCUCCAGAGGAGCCCAAGAAACCAGAAGAACCCAAGAAACUGGAGGAGAGCUCAGACCAGGAAAAAACUAAGGAGGGAGCUCAGAAAGGAGAGAAAAGGAAAGCAGAUCCAGGAUGGUUUGAAGUUGAAAAAGACAAAAACACCAAUGUUUAUGUGACAGGUCUUCCUCCGGACAUAACUCCUGAAGAGUUUGUGGAGUUCAUGUCCAAAUGUGGACUUAUCAUGCGUGAUCCUAUCACAGAAGACUAUAAAAUCAAGCUCUAUAAGGACAAGGAUGGAAACCAAAAAGGAGAUGGACUUUGCUGCUACCUGAAGAAAGAGUCUGUAGCUCUUGCCGUGCGGCUUUUGGAUGAGACAGAGAUUCGGGGCUACCAGCUGCAUGUGGAGGCAGCGCGAUUCGAGCUCAAAGGACAAUAUGAUGCCAGCAAGAAGAAGAAAAAGAACAAAGAAUACCGUAAAAAGCUCCAGCAGCAACAAAAGCAGCUGGACUGGAGGCCAGAGAAAGCUGGGGAAACUCGCAAAAGGCAUGAAAAAGUCAUCAUCAUCCAAAACAUGUUUCAUCCCAGUGACUUUGAGGAGGAUCCCUUGGUUCUGAAUGAGUACAGAGAUGAUCUCCGGACAGAAUGUGAGAAAUUUGGGCAAGUGAAGAAGGUCAUCAUCUUCGAUAGGCACCCUGAUGGAGUGGCAUCUGUGGCUUUUAAAGAACCUGAAGAGGCGGACGCGUGUCAGAUGGCUCUGAAUGGACGCUGGUUUGGUGGGAGGAAACUAUCAGCACAGCUGUGGGAUGGUGUAACUGACUACCAGGUUGAGGAAACCUCCCGAGAACGAGAAGAGAGACUGAAAGCCUGGGGUUCUUUCUUAAGUGACGAGAGUGCGUCUGCCAAAGCUAAAGCGGACGCUUCAAAAGCAGCUGAACAACAAAAUUCCAGCACACAAGAAGCAUCAGAUCAGACUCGACUGGAGGAACAUGCAAACGAAAGCGCUGCAAAACCACAGGAGGAGAAAGAUGAGGAGGAGGAGGAUGAAGAGGAAGGAGGAGUAGCGUCGACCGAUAGCAGUUUAGCAGGAAGUGAUAAUGAGGAUGCGUAGAUGUUGAGAGAAAAGACGACUUAUUUAAUGUCUCUUGCUAAAACAUCUUCAUUCUAAUAUACAGUGUUUCCUUUUAAUUGUUUAUUCCCAUGACAUGUCUGCAUUUCACCAUAUCUGAAUAUGGACACUAAUUGAAAUUUGACUGAAGAUAGUCACUUUGUGCUUUAUGCUAAUGUGUGUCAUUGAAUCAAUUUGAACAUCUGUUAAUAGUUUUAUAGUAAAAAAAAAAUUAUUUUGUGACCUCGUCAUUGUUUCUUGCUUUCAUGAAAAAGAUGUUCAUUAGUAACGUCACUCACUAACAAGAUCUUUGGUUUACAUGGGAACAAAAAAACAAGCAGUUUCCUUGCGUGUAGUUCCGUGUAAGCCUAGUGACAGCUGUGGUUUUAUCUGUUUGAGAGAGCUUGUUCAACUCGCUCGGGUGCAUUUUUCAGUGCACAAGUAAAGAAGAGCACCUCCUGCACGUAGUAUCACAUUUGUUUUGUUGUAGUAUGAUCGGUGGCUGGAUGGUGGCUGGAUUCAGUUUGGUAAGCAGUUUCGGGAUCUGAAUUUAUUUGUGAAUGCAAUUAAAAUCCUGUUUCAAUUUGAGAAAGGAGUGCUUGAAGUAUAAGUAGGAGCAGUACAACUUGUUUCCCUUUAGAAGUGUGGAUUUAAUUUUUUGGAUGUUUUACCUACCUUUUAUGUUUAUUUCUAGAAUAAGUAAGAGCUUACUUCUAUGAAUUAUGAUUAAUUCCGUUUUCCGUCUCAAGGAUUUUGUUUUGCCAGUUUUUAACAGUUUGAUAAGAUUUUUCUUUUAAGCAUUUUUGUUGGUUGAGGUUUAAAUAUUCUAUUAAAUAAAUCAUGUUUAAAUAUGAAUAAACUGCACUGCCCUCUCAAGCUACAUUCAUAAAUUGUAGUAUGCACUACUUUUAUCUUUUGGGAUUGUUUGGAUUUGUUUUAAUGUUGCUGAGAGAAGUCUUUUAUGCUCACCAAGGCUUCGGAAAUGUGAAAGCAGUCAUUUAUCAAAUAUUCAGUGUCGCAUUAUACUUUAGAAAUGAUUCUUAUACGCAGAUUUAGUGCUUAAGAAACAUUAAUGUUGCGAACGGUUGUGCUUAAUAUUUAUGAAAAACAACAUUUUUAGUUUAAUAACACAAUCCUCGUACUCAAGGUGGUGAAAUUACAAAUGCUUGAAAAAAUAAAUCAAAAUCUUUAUAUACAUUUCAUUGAGUGUGUACAUAAGAUGAAGUGUUAAUGAGAAAUCUUUGAUGUCCUUAGAGAGUUCACUCCUUCAAAGAACUGUUAUUCCAGUGUUUCCCAUUUCAUUUAUUUGAAUGUAUAGGAUAGUCAGUUGUUUUUCUAUGUAAAAAGAGAAUAAAGACAAAAUUGUAAAAUAA